CGCAGCGCGGGGGGGCCCCGCGCAGGCGGAGGCGCGGAGCCGCGCAGGGGCCGGCUGGGCUCGGCACGGCUCCGUUGGGCUGGGCACGGCCCGGCACGGCUCGGUUCGGCCGGGCGAGGAUGCGGGAGGGGCGGUGGAAGCGGUCCUCGCCCCCCCGGGCUUCCGCGGCCGCGUAAAGGGGCGCCCGCGCCGCCGGCACCAUGAAGAAGCAAUUCAACCGCAUGCGCCAGCUCGCCAACCAGACCGUGGGCAGGGCCGAGAAGACGGAGGUUUUGAGCGAAGAUCUUCUGCAGGUGGAGAAGCGUCUGGAGCUGGUGAAGCAGGUCUCCCACAGCACCCACAAGAAGCUGACGGCAUGUCUGCAGGGCCAGCAGGGCGUGGACGCCGACAAGCGCUCGAAGAAGCUGCCGCUGACGACACUGGCGCAGUGCCUGAUGGAGGGCUCGGCGGUGCUGGGUGACGACUCCCUGCUGGGGAAGAUGCUGAGGCUGUGCGGGGAGGCGGAGGACAAGCUGGCGCAGGAGCUGAUCCAGUUCGAGCUGCAGGUGGAGAGGGACGUCAUCGAGCCGCUCUUCGUGCUGGCUGAGGUGGAAAUCCCAAAUAUCCAAAAACAGAGGAAGCAUUUAGCAAAGCUGGUGCUGGACAUGGACUCCUCGAGGACGAGGUGGCAGCAGUCCGCAAAGUCAUCGAGUUUGUCGAGCAACCUGCAGCCGUCGGGCGCCAAAGCUGAUGCUCUCAGGGAGGAGAUGGAGGAGGCAGCAAACCGAGUGGAGAUUUGCAGGGACCAGCUCUCGGCUGACAUGUACAGCUUCGUGGCCAAAGAAAUCGACUAUGCAAACUACUUCCAGACGCUGAUCGAGGUGCAGGCCGAGUACCACAGGAAGUCGCUGGCGCUUCUGCAGAACGUGCUGCCGCAGAUAAAAGCCCAGCAGGAAGCGUGGAUGGAGAAGCCGUCCUUUGGGAAGCCGCUGGAGGAGCACCUGGCCGUCAGCGGGCGGGAGAUCGCCUUCCCCGUGGAGGCCUGCGUGACCAUGCUGCUGGAGUGCGGCAUGCAGGAGGAGGGUCUGUUCCGCGUGGCUCCCUCUGCCUCCAAGCUGAAGAAGCUGAAGGCCGCCCUGGAUUGCUGCGUGGUGGACGUGCAGGAGUACUCGGCCGACCCGCACGCCAUCGCAGGAGCACUCAAGUCCUACCUGCGCGAGCUGCCGGAGCCGCUGAUGACGUUUGAGCUGUACGAGGAGUGGAUCCAGGCCUCCAACAUCCCAGAGCAGGAGAAGCGUCUUCAGGCCCUGUGGAGCGCCUGCGAGAAGCUGCCCAAGGCCAACUACAACAACAUCAGGUACCUGAUUAAAUUCCUGGCCAAGCUGACUGAGUACCAGGACAUGAACAAAAUGACGCCGAGCAACGUGGCCAUCGUGCUGGGCCCCAACCUCCUCUGGCCGCAGGCAGAAGGGAACAUCACCGAGAUGAUGACGACCGUCUCCCUGCAGAUCGUGGGCAUCAUCGAGCCGCUCAUCCAGCACGCAGACUGGUUCUUCCCUGGAGACAUCGAGUUCAACGUCACGGGGAACUACGGCAGCCCCAUGCACGUGAACCACAACGCCAACUACAGCUCCAUGCCCUCCCCGGACAUGGACCACGCCGACCGCAAGCAGCACGACCAGGCGCGGCGGCCGCUCAGCGUGGCCACGGACAACAUGAUGCUGGAGUUUUACAAGAAGGAUGGCCUUAGGAAAAUCCAAAGCAUGGGCGUCAGGGUGAUGGACACCUCGUGGGUGGCCCGCAGAGGCACCUCGGGGGGGCGCAAGGCGUCCGCCACCCCCCCGGCCACGCAGCCCCCCGCGCCGCCUGCCGAGCUGCCCGCCACGCCGCACUCGCCCAUCCCCGAGCAAGCGCCCGAUAUUUCGGCGACCCCCUCUCCUCCUCCCACCAGCUUCGGCUUCCCACCCGCAGCCGAGCGGGCAAGCACUUUAAAACCCAAGGAGCUCUCCCCCGUCUCCUGGGCCGCAGAAGGGCAGUGGGCAGCAGGCAGCGGCCGCGCCACCGUCCCCCGCCUGAGCAGAGCCCCCGCAGCCUGCGCAAAGCCUCCAAGAAGCUGGCGCCCAUCCCGCCCAAGGCGCCCUCGGGGGGCACGUCGGAGCCGCCGGCGGGCCAGCCGUCCCCCGCCAGCCUGUCCCCCACCCCACCGAGCACCCCCGCACCCUAUGGACUCGCUUACCCUCAAGGCUACUGCCUGGCCUCAGCCGAGGCAGAGGCCCUCGCUGCCGCCGCCGCAGCCCCCCACGGCCAGCGCGUCCGGCUCUAGCCCCCAGCCCGCGGAGCCCCCCCUGCUCGACGCCGUGGCCCCCGGGGAGAGCGUGCCCACAGGUCUGGUCCAUUUCGAGAUCCCGUCCAUCCACCUCGGCGUCGAUGCUGCCCUGCGCCGGGACCCGCCGGACGCCGCGCAGAGACUGUCGGUGAAAGCCCCCCCGGAGGAGGAGGAGGACUCGGAGAGCACGGCCCUAUGACAGCGUCCCCUCCCCGCCCGUCCCCGCGGCACCCGGCCGGCGCUCGGGGGACUUGGUUGCUCCUUGGUUGGGUUGGGUUGGGUUGGGGUCGCCUUAUCCAGACUUUGCCUUGUGACUCGGUGCCUAUGUCCCCCCCGGCAGGCGCCCACGUCCCGGGGCGCAUCCGGCGUCCCCGCGGUGCCACCGGGGCUGGAGAGGUGCCAGCGGCCCCGUCCUCCCCCCAAAACAGGGCACGGGGGGCACCACACGGGUGGCGUUGCUCCGGGGUCUCGUCCCUUUGCAUCGGCCCCGCCGUGCGCUCGCUGUGGCCGAGCGGGGCUGGGGGAGGCCGGCCCAGCAGCAAUAAGGCGAGUGCUGGGGGGGGGACGCGUCCCCGUGCCCCGCCUGCAGCCCCCGCUCGCUGUCGUCGUGGGUUGGUGGCGUGGAGCAGAGGCUUUGGUUGUGCAUGCAGAGACAAAGUAACCUUUUAUCCUUUUCAGAGAGAUGGUAUAUAUAUAUAUCUGGUGGGCAUAGAUAUAUAUAUAUUAUAUAUUUGUACAUAGAGAAAUAUAUAUAGAGAGAUUUGUUUUAUUCGGAGCCGUUCCACCUGACCUGGCGUACAAGGGCCAAUGUACAUGGAAAUGCUUCGCCUUCCCGGCCCCCCCGGCCCCGCUCCGCUCCCCGCGCUGCACAGCCCAGCCCCCCCGGGCUGCCCUCGGCCCCGCCGCAAUGUGACCGUCACCCCUUGGGGGGGCUGGGCGAGGGGAGGGUGGGAGCACCCGAAAUAAAUGUGCAAAUUGCUGUUGAA